CGCGGGGAGAAGCGGGAAGCGAUGCCAUGCUGCCUCCUCUCCUAUCCAUUUUCUUUUUUUCUCCUUUUUUCUCCCCUCUCCCUCGAAGCCAGGCAGCCUGACUCGGCCAAAAGCCUGGGCGAGGGGCCGGGGGCUCGAAGAACGAGGAGGAAACGAGAAAAGGACCCGGGCUGCGCCGCACGGGCGGCGGCCGUGCCGCAGAGGCGGGGUCUCGGGGUCCGAGCUCCCCACCCGGCUCUCCGGGGCAGGGCUCCGGGCAGGUUUUGGGCAGCCGUAGAGGACGACGCAGCUCCGGCAGCGGCCAGGGUAACAUUUCUUUCCUCGCUUCUUGCGAGAGCAGCAGGAGGAGGGGACCCCCCCUGCGGGGCAGCUCCCCCCGGGCACUUCGGCUUUCCGUUCACACGCGUUGCUGCGCCGCUUCGGUUCAUCCCUCUCUCGUCCUUCCCCUCUUUCCGAGCAUCUCUGUGCCGGCGCAGUCACAUGUUUGGGCUCAGAUGCCUUUAAUCCCACCCUCACUUGCCCGAGAGGGAGGAGAAGAGGGAGGAAGGAAUAAAUAAAUAAAAAAAAAAAAAAGAAGGAAAAAGAAAUUGCGGGAGCGAAGUGAGCAACAAGCGGAGCGGCGGAGAGCGGGGCCGGACGGCUGCCCCGGGCGGGGGCAGGGAAGAAAAACUUUGGCAGCCACUGCUGCAGUGAUGUCUUGCAAUCCAGAGAAGAGGCAGUGAAGUGAAGGAGAGAGGGCAUGAGUAGAGCAGGAGUGCCCCCCUUCUGCAGCAGCGAUGUUACACCACGCCUGGCAGCUCUAUGGGAGGUGGUGCCGUUGGUCCAGUCCUUUUGUCCACCUCCUCACACUGACUGUAGUGACAUUCGGUGUGCUGGCUCCUUUGAUUUGCCACCGGCUCCUCCACUCCUAUUUUUAUUUGCGGCGCUGGCACCUGAAUCCCAUGAGCCAGGAGUUCCUGAAGCAGAACCAGCAGGAGGGCCAGGCUGCCCUCCAUUACUUUGAGAAGCUGCAGAUACCAAACAUCUCCAAGACCUCUGGCAGCGAGACCUUCCGGCCCUUGUUGCUGGUCACCAUUAUCACUGUGCAGAGGAGGAAUGAUUUCCACUACGUCUUGCAGGUGGCCUCUCGCUUCCACCACCUCCUCCAGCAAUGUGGUGCACGCUGCCAGAGCCACCGUGUCCUCCUCUGUAACGUGGAGUCAGACCCCAGCCGCCACCAGGAUGUCAGGCUGCUGAGCAGCUUCUUUCCAAUGGUCAGUCGUGACAAAACUGGGGAGGACCCUGACCCUGGAUUGAACCAGUUUGAGAAGGAGAAGCAGGACUAUGUUUUCUGCCUUGAGCAGUCACUCUUGGCAUAUAACCCAGAAUAUGUCCUGGUAGUGGAAGAUGACGCUGUGCCAGAAGACGAGAUAUUCCCUGUCUUGCAGCACCUCUUGUUGGCCCGAUUCUCCAAACCGUACCUCAGAGAUGCACUCUACUUCAAGCUUUACCAUCCUGAGAGGCUUCAGCACUAUGUCAACCCCGAGCCCAUGCGAAUCCUCGAGUGGCUGGGCCUGGGCAUGUUUCUGGGGCCUGUGCUGAACUGUGGGUACUCCUGGGCAACUGGUCGCCCAGGCCUGAGCUGGCCCAUCAUCUUGUUCUUUGCUUUGUACAGCAUGGCUUUGUCAGAGCUGGUGGGACGGCACUACUUGCUGGAGCUGCGUCGGCUGGCCCCCAUGCUGUAUAACGUCGUGCCGGUCACUGAGUGCUGCACGCCUGCCAUGCUCUUCUCUGCUCCUUCUGCCCAACGUGCCUUAGGUUACCUGAAGGGGCUGCACUGCCGACAGGGUUUUGCGAAGGACAUCGCCCUCUACUCGCUGCUGCACGCUAAGGGGGAGAAUGCCUACGUGGUGGAACCCAAUCUGGUCCGGCACGUGGGAAUGUAUUCCAGCCUUCGUCUAAAUGACAACCCCAAACUGCUGUGAUGGGUUCACGCCUUUCGUGACUCAAAGCCCUGAGAGCCUUGCCUCUGGGCUGAGAGAUGCCGUGCAAGCUCAGAUGCUGUGCCACUCACGACAAACAUCAAGUGUCUCCAAGUGGCCAAAGAACACCCUUAUUGCACAAAAAAAAAAAAAAAGUUAAAAAAAAAUCAUGUACACGGGGACCUUGUUUAAUACAUACUUUGAACUAAUCACCGUACACCGUGGGGAGGGAAGUAGAGGCUUUCAGCUGAAGGUGUGGAUUAUCUGCUCUCCGCCAUUCUUAGCAAAAAGCUCUCACAACAAUAUAAACAGCUAUACAGCAUACUCUCCACUGGUGACAGAAAUCUUCAACUUAGGGCAACAACAAUGCUGGACAAAGUGAAUGUUUCAAAUUCAACCUAGUGAGGAGGAAGAGCCUUUAUUUGUCCAUCCUCACUAAGGUCUGAUGUGUGACCUUUCUGCUUCAAAGCUGUGUUUUUGAGCAGAUCUUUCAGAGGUACCGUGGUUAUAAUGAGAACUUUCCCUGAAAUUUCACGUAGAUUCCACAAAUUUCACUAAGCCUCUAUUUCUUACUGUCUCACCGUACAGAUCCUGUCCGUACUGCUACCAUUCCCACUCCUUUUUCUUGGAACAGAGGCUCCUAAAAGCUUAAGUCUCUGCUUCUUUGUUAAAGGUCAACUCUGAGGGUAGGAAUAGGAAAACGUAAUGACAGCCAUUAGUCACAAAUGCACACUCUCAUGGAUACAUUUCCAGAUGUUAUAAAUAAUACAGGGUGACUAACAUGUUGCUUGGUAUCACCGCUAGCUGUAGUGGAUCCAGGUCAUUAAAAGAGGCCUUAUCAGUUGCUGAUUGGACUUAGACAUUCAACAUGAAUUUACCUUGACUUCCUAUCAGCACAAAGUCAAAGGGGAGAUUACAUCAGCUGCCAUGGUGCAGGAUCCUUUAUUUCAUUUUGGAGCUACAGUUCCCAGCUCUGCUUAAAUGGUUUGUUCACUGUUCCUGGCAACAAACAAAAUGUCCAUAAGCAGCAAAGCUAUCUGCUCCUAAAACCAAGCAACAGUACCACAAUAGAUCAGGUUGCCACUCUUACACCAACCCACUAACUUACUGUGGUUGUUGGGCAUUUGGAAUGGGUAUUUUGUACCCCAGCUGCGAGCACAGUUAAAUAUAAAACUGUGGGGAUGGCAGAAAUCUCAUAUAAGCUCAAAACUGUCACUUAAAUGUUUCUGUCUGAAAAUAACACACCCAGACUUCAGUGAGCUUUGAAUCAAAUUCACUUACUGGUGGAGUUUGGUUGAACUACAUUUGAAACCAUUUUCCUAGCUUCAGAAUGAACCAAGUACAAUAUUUUCACAGAGUUUUGAUGGGAUUGUUUGUGUUGAGUGUUGUUUUUUUCUUUGUUUUUGGUGAAGGAAGAGCUCUACUUUGAAUUUUACUUCCCCCAGUCUCUCCUGGGUGUUAAACCUUUAGCUUUUAACAAGUCUCGUUGCAGGUUGGAAAGGCAUACAGCUCCUGAGAGAUGAAACUAAAGAAAAUAUUUUCAGACCUCCAGCCGUCAGUCCACGAUGGGUGCUGAACACACAAAACACGUGCAUAAUGCAAGCUAGCCAGUGAGGAACGUCCUCACCGCCCUGAGCAGUGCAUGCUCAGGCACGUGAACUUUGCUGUCUCAGUAGAUCAGCUGGGACACUUUGAUGACAUCUUUGGAAAUCAGACGGGAGUAAGGGUUGCUUGUGGAUUUCAUGUCAUUCCAACGGCAAAACAUUUCUUCUGUCAGAAGACGAAGGAAAAAUUGCACAGGCAGAACUAAGCCAUUAAUCUUUAUGCACUGAAAACCCCAAAGAUAUCAAAGCGGUCACACAGAACCACCAGCGGCAGGGGUGCAAACCUGUUCUCAGGCUUCUCUAUAACAUGGCAGGAUUUGAUGGCAGGAAUUGAGUGUCACUGUCUAUUUAUUCCACUAAGUGCCUGCACCUGCAAAUACAAGUUGUUUGCUUAUGCUCCUUCAGCUGUGAAUGUUUCAGUGUGCUGUGCUUUGUCUUCACUCUUUUUUUAUCUUUGUACUGUACAAAUCCAGAACAAUGCCCUGUUCUUUUGUGAGGGCCCACUUGUUAUCACAGUGAAAAUCUCACAGUAAGGUACAGUAAGUGGGAUAGGAAAAGGAAAAAGGAGGGAAGGAAAAGGAAGAAAGGAAUGUUAGAAAAGAAACCAACUGACUAUAUGGUGUUAAUAAAUGUUUUGAUGUGGGAAAUGAUUAAUCUGUUUGUCUUCACGUUAUUUUCCUUUUUUUUUUAAUUUAAUUAAAUUUAAUUUUUUUCCCAGUAGUACAUAAUCUGUGCUCCAGAAGUCAAUAAUUUCACUGAACCUCAUAUCUGAAAAUUGAGAACAUGAACUUGAGGCAUCCAUUCUAAAUUAGGAAACAAUUUUCAGGGCAAAAGAGCCAUGGGAAGUUGGCUAGGAGAAUCAUUUGCAAACAACAUUUAGAGGGGCUACA